AAUUCAUAGUGACUCAUCAUCAUAACAAGUUACUAGAAUUAUUAUUAAUAUCAAUAGGAUUAUUAGUUGAUCUUAUUAAGAGUAAGAUAUAAAUAACUAAUAAUAUUCACCCAAUCGUUUUCCAUUCAUCACAUCAAAGUUUUAUUUAUCAGUAAAUUUUAAAUUCCCUUUGCAUAAUGACAACUGUUAGUCCAAAAUCAAGUAAUUUUAGAAGUACAGACUUAUUAGGUGUUGAUCUUAGUCCCAAACAACAAGGUAGACAGCAUUCUAAUAGUACUCAUAGUAUUGGAAGUCCUGGUCGAACUAGAAGUAAUUCAAAUCCUGUAUUAACUCCAAUUUCAUCUCAACCACCUCCACCUCAUCAUAAUUCGAAUAUUCAUACUAGACAAAGAAGAUCAUCAUCAAUUAUUCAACAUUUAGAACCAGAUACUUUGGAUACUAAAAUUGAUCAAACUUUAAAUCCAAAUGUUAAUGCUAAUUGGGUUCAUUCUAAAGGUGCUUGGGUAAUUCAUUUUGUUUUAAUUGUAUUUCUUAAAUUAAUCUUUAAUUUUGUAAGUGUAUUAGAUAAUGAUUGGAAAUGGACUUUAACAAAUCUAACUUAUAAUAUUGGAUCUUAUAUUAUGUUUCAUCAAGUUAAAGGUACACCAUUUGAAUUUAAUAAUGGUGCUUAUGAUAAUUUAACAAUGUGGGAACAAAUAGAUAAUGGUGAUCAAUAUACUCCAACUAAGAAAUUUUUGAUGUCAGUUCCAAUUGCAUUAUUUUUAAUUAGUACACAUUAUUCAAAUUAUAAUUUAAAUUUAUUUAUAUUGAAUGGUCUUAGUUGCCUCUGUGUGGUUGUACCAAAAUUGGCUAUAGCUCAUAGAUUAAGAGUUACUUUAUUCUGAGAGUUUUAACUAACUAACUAACUAACUAAUUAAUUAAUUAAUCAAUUAACUAAUAAAUUGAUAAUUAAUUGAUUUAUUUAUUUAUUCAUCAUUCAUUCAUUCAUCC